GACGGAGAAAACGGUUCCCCCCUAUCACGGAACCGCGGCAUCUCGCUCGGAUACGAGGACCUAACCGCUGUCCGUCCUUGUCGCGCGCUCUCUCCCUAUGUGCUCGUCGACGCAGGAGAGGACACUCUCGUUUCGGGAUCCGUUGAGGUAGCACGCGUUUUCACGAGACCGUGAAGAAAAGUAUCUAAACCCCGAGUAAUUCGUUGUGUCUUUUGUGCCUCUGUGACGCUGCGCUCUACGGACACUCUCUCUCUUGUUACAAUCUCAAACGUAAUAUUCGCCACUUGUAGGAUACAGUGCUUACUACGAUCGACGUGUGUAUGUGUGUAUGUGUGUGUGUACGUUGUUGGUGUACGUUGAGUAUAUAGUGUGUGUAUAUGUGUGUGUGACAGAACGUCGCGGAGUAUGCGGCGUUGCCGGAUGUCGUAGGCGCAAAUAUACGUACACGACUGAUAUAUCGGCGAGGCCGAAGCCGCCGAAGGAGAGGAGUGGACGCGCGCCGCGUACGUUUGCGGAAUAAGGAGAAAAAGGAGUGAACGAGCGUGUGGCUGCGUCGAUCGAUCGAUUUCGACUCGCGCGGUCAAAGGUGGAAAAUCGUGAAACCGCCGUUGCGGCGUUGCUGCCGCCGCCGCGACGACACAAAAUUUUGCGAAGCAUCGUCGUCGUCGUCGUUGUACGCCAAUGACAUUUGCGGCACGGUACUAUCGACGAAACGGGUUUGGCAACGUCGCAUCGACUGCCCACGCAUACAAACGUACGCAUACACGUACCUAGAAGGGAACUUAGGGUGGCUGGCUGGUUGGCUGUGCAAGCAAACAGGCAGGCAGGCAGGCAGGCAGGCUAGGCAGACACGGCUUUCUUGUUCCGAGGACGGUGCUUCUGGUAGCGCCGUCUCUCUUUUCUACCUCCAUUGCGCUUGCUCUUCCUCUCUCCCUUGGCCCCGUGAUUCUCUCCCUCGGUCAACUCAAUCGCGCGCUCUCUCUCUUUCUCUCUCCCUCCCUUAAGCCAGUCUCUCUCUCAUGCAGGCCGCACGUACCGUUGAGAGCCUCUCCCUUCCCCUGCCAAAGCUCUUUCUCUCUGCCCCUGCGCCCCCUCUUGACGCCUAACCUCGAGCGGAUCGGGCGAGUCCACUAGGCUUCCGAGGGGAGUUGGGCAGAUCUCAACUCUAGUCGGCCUCGAUCCGCAGAGUGCGUUAGACGCUUCGAGUCGUUGCUCCGGUUCACGUCUAUUCGUUAUCAGUGACUCCGUUGCGCACGUCUAGGAGCUCGUUAACGUCGUAACGCGUUACCUGCGCAUAGCCGCGGCCCGCGGCAGUCCGUAUUGCAGCCAGUUUUCGGGUUCGACUUGGGACGCACUCGACCAGCGUAUAUCUGUACGACGGCCAUGUUUGGUGUUUACGACGUCAGGGGGAAUCACUGACGUCACGCACGAGCGAGCGGCCGAUCUCGCCCGAACGGAACGACGACGACUAUCAUCGCGAACGCACGGCGACAGGCGGCAGCAGCACCAGCAACGAGAGACGGAAGAAAACGUGCCGCGCCACGCCGGUAGCCAACCGAGUAUAUACAACACGCGCCCGCGCAUUACGACAUUCACGGAUCGGAAGAAGAACCGUCAGAUUGGGAUACAUAUAUAUAUGCGAGAGAAUUGACGUGAUAGAACUUGCGGGGUGAUUCGCGCGUCCGGAAGUGAGAAACAGAAAAACGGGGGAUUUCGUUCACGCGGCAAGCUGACGCGCAAUGACUUGAGUUUUGUUCUCCUCUCGAUGGGAGACCUGCGUGUACGCCGAUUUAACUGGCCGUGUUCGCCGGUCGUGUCCCCAAAGCUACUGGCCUUUCGAAAAACAUCGCGCGCGUUGUAAUCCGCCGCUUUUUUUUUUUUCUUAUCCUAUCCUCGUCGUGUUGUUUCUGCUUCUCAAUCACACACCCCAACACGGGGAUAUUGAAGCAACACUCUCCUGGUUUCUACGAACCAGGUGAGAAUUUUGUGCGAGCGAGAGAACGGGGAACGCGCGUCGCGGCGCUACGUUCAGCGACCGACGACGUCGUACGUAUGUAAGACACAUGCGAACAACAACCGUGCUACGAUAAAAAUACUGAAAGAUUUAUAUAUAUAUCUCCGUUUGCGAGAUUACAAUUGCAACCUCCUCCUCUCUCCCCCGCCCACAUGGUAAUCGCGCACGUGUCCCGCGCGCGUCUUACCUCGUAGCGUGUGUGUCAGUGUCAGUGCCUCGCGAUCUGUCAAUCGACCCUUUGCGACGACGUGUGACAGCAACAACAACAACACGUCGGUGUUUGGCUUUUUGCUUGCCUGAUUUUUCAGCGUGCGAGAUCCACAAUCCCGCCGCGCCGUGUGAUAUCGAUCAUAUGGUGUUUUUUAGGUCAGAGACUGUUCGCGAACACGCAGCGCACACAACAAACCGGUAUAAUUAGUGUCCGUUUGGAUUAUUUGGAUUAUUAGAAAUUACUCACCGGCAGAACCAUGGAUCUAGGUGACAGAGUUUACGCUGCGGAGCGAAUCACCAAGAAGAGGGAAAAGCGGGGCAAAGUUGAAUACUUUGUCAAGUGGAAAGGAUGGAGUAAAAAAUAUAAUACAUGGGAGCCGGAAGAAAAUAUUCUAGACGUCAGAUUAAUCGAAUUGUACGAGCAAAGUCAGAAAGGCACAGAUGUGUCUACUAGAAGGCCGAGACGAAGGGAUACUAGAUAUAAUGAUCAGGUGCUGGCUAAUCUCGUCGUCGAAGAAGAACCCGGUGGAGACGAAAGGGUAGGUGAAGACAGUCAAGAUGAAUCGACGACGAGCACUUCAGUGCCCCAUUUAAACACUGUAGCACCUGACGAGGAUACACUUCCAAGUUCCUUGGACGACCAUGAGUCUCCAACACCACCGGAAAUGGCGUCCGCAUUCAGCGUUGACUCGGACAGUUCUAAUAGCAGUAUGGACGUACCCUUGUUACAUAGAAGAGAAACAGUAGGUCCAAAGAGGAAAGCCGAGGUUCUCAAAGAAUCCGGCAAAAUCGGCGUAACAAUCACCACGAGCAGUCCUAAUAGUAGCAGUAGCAGCCCGCCGCCGAACAAAGUUCCUCGCUUGUUACCUCUGAAAAAUAAUUCCACAACACCGUCAUAUCACAGUCACAAAGUCAAUGGUAGUAGAAGGCCAUCGUCUUCUAGUGUGAAAUCAACACCGGAAGAACCAUUGCCUGCGGUACCAACGACGCUGGCGCCAGCGGUGCAAGACAAAAAGCGUCCCGAAGCCGACGAACCUCACGGCCCACCACCCUCUCUUCCACGGGCACCGCCGGCGCCGCUGUCUCCUCAGAUAGACACACCUCUAGAGCAACCGCCAGCAAAGAAGAAGCAUUUGUCGUCGGAACAGAAGCAGGAUAAAUCAAACGGCGCGGUUGCCCCUGACAAAGCCAACGGUCACAAAUCGCCUAGUCCUGCAGACUCAUACACUAACAACAACAGGUUACCUACCGUUGUCAACGGACAUCACAGUCAUAACAACAACAAUAAUAAUAACAACAAUAAUAACAACACCACGAGUGUCAAGCAGACUGAAAUUAUCAAGACAGAGAUGUACGCUCCCCUCACGAGUCCCGGGACCGAUUACUGGCAUGCGAGAAAUCCCGUGGCAGAUCAAGUGUUCAUCACGGACGUUACUGUCAAUCUAAAGACCGUUACCAUCAGGGAGUGCAAGACUGAAAAAGGUUUCUUCCGGGAAAGAGAUCCCAAAGAGACUCUUUGAAUCCCAACAAUGUUAUCAAUUAAGAUUUCUAGGGAUAUCUACUCCUCGUUGUAUUGAAUCACUGUAAAUAUAAAUUAUUUUCACACGUCGAAAUAAGGUGAGAAUGUAAUCAUGUAUCAAAUAAGUUUUUAACAAUGUUUUUAAUACAUACGCAAAUAAUGUGUAUGUGUUAAAAAAAUUUUUAACAUAUAUGUGUAUAUAUAAUGCAAGAGUCGGGAUUUGUUUUCUGACUUAUAUUUGAGAUUUGUACCAUUUUACACUCCGAUAAAUCUCGGAAACCCUCGAACGGACGCGCUAAAAUCAAGAUUAUAAUCAGGGAAUUAACAUUUUUCCAAAACUGAAAUAUAUGUUCGGGUGCGCGAGUCUAAAUGUAAAUUAAUUGUAGAGGAGUAUACUGUCAAUAUGAUUAUCGAGUAUACGUCGUCACACACACAUACACAUACAUACAUACAUACACAUACACACACACACACAACUUGCUAUCAUAUUAUAUGAUAUACAUCUGUGUAUUUAAAAAUGCUUACUAGAUUUUUAAAUACGCUGAAAGAUCUGGAGAAUUUAUUAGAAAGAACGCCACAUCUUCCAGCUGAUUUUAUUAAUUGCUUAUCUUAGAAACUUCGCUAAGGGAAUGCUAUAUAAAUAAGAUCUUACCUUUCGUUUUUACUACGGGAUACAGACACGAGACGAGAUAUAUACCGAAAAAAAAAAAAAAAAAAAAAAAAAAAAAACAAAAUAUUUUUCUAAUUCAUCUUUAGGAUACACUGAACGCAAUUGGGAGGGGAGGAGGAGAUAUUCCAAAUUGGUAUAAAGAUCAAGUAGAAGAAAAAAAAUACUUAUCACAACGUUACGAAUUUUCACACAUAGAAAAAUUUGAGAGUUUGCUUCGUGCUUCAGAAAAACAAAACUUCAAAAGACAAAUUUAAUAAAACUAUUUAAAAAAAAAAAAAAAAAAAAAAAAAGCAAUUGCGCGUAACAAUUUUCCAACCGCUGUUAGUCGUAACUACUUCAUUAUGACGAUACUUUUUCAGUUCGUGAUUUCGAUAAACCUAAACCAAUACUUUUUUUUUUUUUUUUUUUUUUUACUUUAACUGUCUCACACAAGAUCAUUGCAUAUCUCUUAGUGAAUGUGUUUUAUUUAUUGUAAAUUUUAAUUGUCUAUAACAUCAUCAAAUGUGAACGCUUCUCGAUAAUAAAAGCGCGUCUCGAACAUUAAUUCAGUACAACGCAAAUCUGAUCGUCGUAUUUUUAUUUGAACUCAUUACAUUAGUCAAAUAUCAUUGUCUCUUGUUUUGAAGAUCGUUGUAUCGUGCAUUUUUUAUAAUAAGAUAUGAUGAAUGUUCAAGUUUGUCACACACUAUAUCGAGGUCAAUUUGAUCGUUUAUAUAGACGUUAAUAUAAUAUCUCCUUUUUGACGACAUAUAAAAAAAUGCUUUUAUCACGCAACAGAUUUUUGAAGUUGUUUCGUGACUAAACACACACACAAAAAAAAAAAAAAAUACUGAGAUGAACUUUCCAAAUUCGAUAUCGCAUGAUAGUCUAUUAUGUGAAUAAAGUUAUAUUGAGUUUUUUUUUUCUUUUUUUUUUCUUUUUUUUUCAAGUUUUAAAUAUAUAUUAAAUCAAUAAGAUUAAAUCUUAUUAAUUUAAUAUAUAUUUAAAAUAUACGCAUAUGUGUAUUUUAACUUUUCUCAUGUACGUUGCUUAUUUAUUAUAGCUAAUAUACAAAGAUUUCUAGGUUUCUAUACAUUUUUAAUAUAGUUGUAAAUUGUAUAUGUGCGAAAUGUGUCUGUUUAAAAAAAAGCGAGUUAGACAUCGAUGAUGUUGUUUCUCAUAAAAAUUGUGUAAUUAAAUGAGAUCCCCGACAGGGAAUUUGAUCAAACUUUCCCAAAAUUAAUUUAAAUGACUUUUUUAGAAAGUAUAUUAAUAAAAAAAGUGAAAAAAAAAAAA